GGUCUCUUCCUUACCCCUCCUCUUCCGACGACCAAACCUCACAACAGUCGCCAUGUCCAAGACCUUCUCCACAAGCGACGUCGCGUCGCACAACAAGCCCGACGACCUCUACAUCAUUGUCGACGGCGACGUCUACGACCUGACCAAGUUCCAGGAUGACCACCCCGGCGGCAAGAAGAUCAUCCAAGCGCGUUGCCGGCAAGGAUGCUUCGAAGCAGUUCUGGAAGUACCACAACGAGGGCAUCCUGAAGAAGUACCAGGCCAAGCUGCAGGUCGGCUCCCUCGACUCCAAGCCCAAGCCCGUCGAGCCCGCCCCCGUCGCCGCUGCGCCCCAGCCCACCAAGGCCGUUGUCAAGAAGGCCGCGCAGGAGGCUGCGCCGGUCGACGAGUCGGAGCCCUUCGACCCCUACGGCAGCCUCAUCCCCUUUGCCGACCCCAGUUGGUACCAGUCUUUCCACUCCCCCUACUACAACGAGACGCACGUCGCGCUGCGCAACGAGGUGCGCAAGUGGGUGGACGAGGAGAUUGAGCCCUUCGUCAGCGAGUGGACGAGGCCAAGCUCCCAGCCGGCCUGGCGCCAAGUCUCGUAUUGCUGCCGUGUGGAUGUCGAAUCGGUGAAUUGGCCUUCCGCUUGUCCUGAUGCAGCCGGCGCCGGCCCCGCUCCCCACGCCGAAUCUGCAGGUCCCGCUGGCCCCGCAUCCGUUCCCGGCGAACGACUUGUCCCCGUCCGGACCAUCGGAUGGGGGAACAUGGGAAAAAAAAAUCCCAACUGGCGCACUCGCACGCUGGUGUCUCAGGAACAAGGCCCCCACCCGCCUUGCCAGGAGCGCCUACCGCUGCUUCUGCUGCUGCUGUUCCCGGCCAUCCGCAAAUCAGCAAACCUGCAUGAUGCCAUCGUGGAUCGAUCUGCCGAUUCAGCCCUGAACCGAUCCUAUCCACUUUCGUUCCUCCACAAGGCCUCAGUGGGAUCUGUUCACGAGCUCAUCCUGACCGACGAGCUGUCGCGCCCCGGGUCUGGUGGCUUCGUCUGGAACAUCAUCGGCGGCUUCGGCAUUGGCUGCCCGCCGCUGGUCAAGUUCGGACAAAAGGCUCUCGUGGACCGCAUCCUGCCCGGCAUCCUCGCCGGUGACGAGCGCAUCUGCCUGGCCAUCACGGAACCCGACGCCGGCUCUGACGUUGCCAACCUCUCGUGCGAGGCCAAGCUGACGGAAGAUGGCAAGCACUUUAUCGUGAACGGCGAGAAGAAGUGGAUCACCAACGGAAAGUGGGCCCGCUAUUUCACUACUGCGGUACGUACCGGCGAGCCCGGUAUGAACGGCGUCAGCUUGCUGCUCAUCGAGCGUGACUUCCCCGGCGUCACGACGCGUCAGAUGGACUGCCAGGGCGUGUGGUCGAGCGGCACGACGUACAUCACGUUCGAGGACGUCAAGGUGCCGGUCGAGAACCUGCUGGGCAAGAAGGACAGGGGCUUCCGAGCCAUCAUGACCAACUUCAACCAUGAGCGCAUCGGCAUCAUUAUCCAGUGCCUGCGCUUCUCUCGCGUCUGCUACUCCGAGUCGGUCUCGUACGCCUCGAAGCGUCGCACCUUUGGCAAGAAGCUCAUCGAGCACCCCGUCAUCCGCCUCAAGCUCGCCCACAUGGCGCGCCAGAUCGAGGCGUCGUACAACUGGCUCGAGAACCUCAUGUUCCAGUGCCAGAAGAUGGGGGAGACGGAGGCCAUGCUCAAGCUCGGUGGUGCCAUUGCCGGCCUCAAGGCUCAGUCCACCGUCACCUUUGAGUUCUGCGCCCGCGAGGCGAGCCAGAUCUUUGGCGGCCUCAGCUACUCUCGUGGCGGACAGGGAGGCAAGGUCGAGAGGCUCUACAGGGAUGUGCGUGCGUAUGCCAUCCCCGGCGGUAGCGAGGAGAUCAUGCUCGACCUGAGCAUCAGGCAGAGCAUGCGCGUCAACAAGGCGUUGGGAAUGAAGCUGUAG